ACUACUCAGUGCCGCGGCUACCGAAGAAGAAGAAGAAAAAGUAGCCAUCUGCAGCUAGUUUACUCUCUUGCUAGACACUGCACCAAACGACUGGUAAAACACGAAAAGAGAUAAACAGUCUUGCUUUUGCUUUUCACGAUGAAAUGCAGGCAGCUACGAUGGAUCCAGCGGAAGAGCCUCCAUCCAUGUUGUGGGGACUGGACCCGAUCUUUUCUGCCUUCACCAGGCUGUACGUCACAGACAUCCUGCAGAUGAUGGAGUCCACACAGGUGCCAGGUAUUUACUUCUACAACUCCCAUCCAAUCUCCAAAGUUGAUGUGCUUGGGACAGUGGUUUACAAGAGAGAAAGAGACGACUUCUUCUGCUAUGGGGUGGAUGAUGGUACUGGCGUUAUAAACUGCCUAUGCUGGAAAAAUGACCUGUUGAAAGAGGAGGGGGGUCCGUCUAAAUCAGGGGGGAAUCACAGUGCUGGGGUUCAGGAAAGCUUUAACCCAGUCGCUGAGCUGGAGAAGCUGAGACAGGCUCAGCAGAGCCGCUGCUGCCUGGAGAUUGGAGAGCUGCUCAGAGUCAGAGGAAAGGUGAAGACGUCGAGGCAACAGAGAGAGAUCAUGGCCUCCACCUACUAUAAAGUGAACGACCCAGUGAUGGCGGCCCAGAUAGCGUGGAUGAUGGAGGGACCUCAGCUCUACAAACAGUGCUAUGACAAACCCUUCCAGCUGCAAACUGAUGCAACAGGUGACUCAUCCAUCAGUUCCCUCAGCAAGGCAACAAACGUCAUCAAGGAUUUCCUUAACCAGAAGUCUGUGACCAGGUUCAGACCCUAUGAUGUUCAGGACCUCUUGCAGCCUCUGAUCUCCAGCAAGCCUCAAACAGCAUCUGCAGACCAGCCUGUGGCAGGUCCGUCUGCUUGCCAGCAGCUACGCCAGCUUCUGAAGGAGGCCCUGCAAAUUUUACUGGACGAGGGUAUUGUGUACCGCAAGGUCAAAUCCCAAGAUGAAGUCUAUCAUGUGACGGCACAAGACACAGAUCUACUCAUAGCCGUCAAAGACAUCAUCAGGGAGGACUCAAAGAGAGAGAAGUAUGCAGAGAAGGGUUGCCACAUCCUGCACAUUCUGUCUGCAGUCAGGCAACGCCACAGCCUCAACGUGAGCAAGGCAGCACUGGAGCUGGUCCUCACGUCGCUGGAGUGCAACAGUGACAUCGUCAGCACCAGCGACAGCCAUUACACUGUGUUCUAACAUGAACACCCCGUAUAUUACAGAAUAAACUGCGUGUAGUAUGGCUUAUUGCUCCUAAAUGUGAUCAUCCAAGACAUUUAAGUAAAUCAUGCCAUUUGUAUUCCUUUGAUCAUCAUGACUAACGUCAAGUAUGGCGCCUGCCAACAUUAGUUGAACUGCAUAUUUGUUGUUGUAUUUUAAAUUACUAGUGUGUUACCGUGUUAAGGUUAAAUAUUAAUUUUAAGAUAAAUUUGAAAGCCAUGCCUAAGAAAAUGGACAUCAGGGACAUUUCAAGACCACUGUGCAAUCCACUGUUGUAAAUAUUUGUGAUAGUUUGGUACAUUUUGAUAUAAAUAAACAAUAAAUAACCUGGA